AGCCUCUCGGCCGCCGAUGGGGGAGGUGGAGCCGGGGCCCGCGGGCCCGCUGGAGCCCCCGGAGCCGCCCGAGGCGCCCACGAGCCGCCAGCCAGGAGGGAUCCGGGUCCUCAAGAUUUUAAGAAAGAAGUACUUGGAAUUAACCUUGGAGUAGACAUUGAGCCUCACAAAGAUCCCAGGGAAGACUCCCACACUGGAACAGGUGUUGUGGUGUAGCAAGUUAUGCUGCUGCUUGGGACGCCCAAAUUCCUUCGUCGGAGUGCCAAACAUCAAGACCUGCCUUCACUUGCAAUCUGGUUUCCUUGUGACACACACCCUGGAAGGCAGCAGGUGAUGGCUCCACUGCCACCUGUGUGGGAGACCCAGAUGGAUUUCCAGAGAAAUAUGAAACGUAAUGGAAGCAGAAAUUGCUUAACUAGGAGAAAUAGGUUUGGUUCUCGAGAAAGAGACUGGCUGAGAGAAGAUGUGAAGCGAGGCUGUGUUUACCUGUAUGGCGCUGAGACCAGCACUGCCACCGCACCAACCACUUCCUCCGUCCCUUCCUCCUCCUGCGCUGACUACCAUCUCGUCCUUUGCACAGUGGAUACACCAGCAUCAGAAAUAUGUGCUGGAGAAGGCAGAGAAAGUCUUUAUGUACAACUUCAUGGAGACUUGGUCAGGAGACUGGAGCCUACUGAACGACCUCUUCAGAUUGUUUAUGAUUACUUGUCCAGGCUGGGAUUUGAGGAUCCUGUGCGCAUACAAGAAGAGGCCAGAAAUCCUGACCUUGGCUGUAUGAUUCGAUUCUAUGGUGAGAAACCAUGCCAGACGGAUCAUCUGGAUCGUAUCCUGCUGUCUGGUAUCUAUAACGUGCGCAAGGGAAAGACCCAGCUACAUAAGUGGGCCGAGCGCCUCGUUGUCCUCUGUGGCACCUGCCUUAUUGUUUCCUCAGUGAAGGACUGUCAGACUGGGAAGAUGCACAUUUUGCCUCUGGUUGGGGGAAAGAUAGAAGAAGUAAAGCGCCGGCAGCACUCCCUUGCCUUCAGCUCAGCCGGAGCCCAAGCCCAGACCUAUCACGUCAGCUUCGAGACUCUGGCUGAGUACCAGAGGUGGCAGCGGCAAGCAUCCAAGGUGGUGUCCCAGCGCAUUAGCACUGUGGAUCUUUCCUGCCACAGCCUAGAGGAAGUUCCAGAACAUCUCUUCUACAGUCAAGACAUCACCUACCUCAACUUGCGACACAAUUUCAUGCACUCUGAAAGGCCAGGGGGCCUCGACACACUCUACAGAUUCUCUCAACUGAAGGGCCUGAACUUGUCUCAUAAUAAACUUGGACUGUUUCCUGUAUCGUUGUGUGAGAUCUCUACUUUGACUGAGCUCAACCUUUCCUGUAAUGGAUUUUAUGACCUGCCAAGUCAGAUUGGUAAUCUGCUAAACCUUCAAACCCUCAGUCUUGAUGGUAACUUUCUGACAACUUUACCUGAAGAAUUAGGAAAUCUGCAGCAACUCUCCUCGCUGGGCCUCUCCUUCAACAACUUCAGUCAGAUACCUGAGGUUUAUGAGAAACUCACUAUGGUAGAUAAAGUUGUUAUGGCAGGAAAUCGCCUGCAAGUCCUAAGCCUAGGGGUGCUGAACAGGAUGAGCCAUGUCAAGCACGUGGAUUUAAGGAUGAAUCAUUUGAAAACGAUGGUUGUUGAAAAUCUGGAGGGAAAUAAACACAUCACUUCCAUGGAUUUGCGGGACAAUCAGCUGACAGAUUUGGAUCUUAGCUCUUUGUGUAGCUUGGAGCAGCUGCAUUGUGAGCGGAACCAGCUGAGGGAGCUGACACUGAGUGGAUUCUCCCUUCGAACUCUCUAUGCCAAUUCCAACAAGCUGACAGCAGUGAGCGUCUAUCCAGUUCCUAGCCUGCUCACUACCCUGGAGCUGUCCCGAAACUUGCUAGAGUGUGUCCCUGACUGGGCCUGCGAUGCAAAGAAGAUAGAAGUAAUAGAUGUGAGUUACAAUCUUCUCACAGAGGUUCCUGUGAGAAUUCUGAGUAGCUUGAGUCUGAGGAAGUUGAUGAUGGGACACAAUCAUGUGCAGACCCUUCCAGCACUGGUGGAGCACAUCCCUCUUGAGGUACUGGAUGUGCAGCAUAAUGGACUCAGCAGGCUGCCAGAUACGCUCUUCUCCAGGGCUUUAAACCUCAGAUACUUGAAUGGGUCCGCAAAUAGUCUGGAGUGUUUGCCCUCUGCGUGUGCUGCUGGGGAGAGUUUGAGUGUGCUGCAGCUGCUUUACCUGACCAACAAUCGCCUGACUGACCAGUGUAUACCUGUGCUGGUGGGGUUCCCGCACCUGCGAGUCCUGCACCUGGCCAACAACCAGCUACAGACCUUUCCUGCAAGCAAACUAAAUAAAUUGGAGCAGUUGGAGGAACUGAACCUGAGUGGCAACAAGCUUAAGACAAUUCCCACAACUAUAGCAAACUGCAAAAGGCUGCACACUCUGGUUGCACAUUCCAACAACAUCAGCAUUUUCCCAGAGAUUCUGCAGUUGCCUCAGAUCCAGUUUGUAGAUCUAAGUUGCAAUGACUUGACGGAAAUCCUGAUUCCAGAGGCUCUGCCUGCUACGUUACAGGACCUUGACCUCACUGGUAACACAAAUCUGGUUCUGGAACACAAGACACUAGACAUAUUUAGCCAUAUCACAACACUGAAAAUUGAUCAGAAACCUUUACCAGCCACAGAUUCUACAGUUACAUCAACCUUCUGGAGCCAUGGACUGGCUGAGAUGGCAGGACAGAGAAAUAAGCUGUGUGUAUCUGCCCUGGCUGUGGAUAACUUUGCAGAGGGCGUGGGAGCUGUGUAUGGCAUGUUUGACGGAGACAGGAAUGAGGAGCUCCCUCGCCUACUACAGUGUACAAUGGCAGAUGUGCUUUUGGAGGAAGUACAGCAGUCAACCAACGACACAGUUUUCAUGGUGAACACCUUCUUGGUAUCUCACAGGAAACUAGGAAUGGCUGGGCAGAAGCUGGGCUCCUCUGCGCUCCUGUGCUGCAUCCGUCCUGGCACUGUCGAGCCCGCGAACAGCUUUAACUUGACUGUGGCCAACGUUGGCACCUGCCGAGCGGUCCUGUGUCGGGAUGGGAGGCCAGUGCCCCUCUCCAAAGUCUUCAGCCUGGAACAGGAUCCAGAGGAGGCACAAAGAGUGAAGGACCAAAAAGCCAUCAUAACAGAGGACAACAAAGUGAAUGGGGUAACUUGCUGUACCCGGAUGCUGGGCUGCACAUACCUCUACCCUUGGAUCCUCCCCAAGCCCCACGUUUCUUCUACUCCUCUCACCAUUCAAGAUGAGUUGCUGAUUCUGGGAAACAAAGCCUUGUGGGAACACCUGUCAUACACAGAAGCUGUCAACGCGGUGCGUCAUGUGCAAGACCCACUAGCAGCGGCCAAGAAGCUGUGCACGUUAGCACAGAGCUAUGGGUGCCAGGACAAUGUGGGGGCAAUGGUGGUUUAUCUGAACAUUGGUGAGGAAGGCUGCACUUGCGAGAUGAAUGGACUCACGCUCCCAGGUCCUGCGGGAUUUGCUUCCAGCAGCACCGUUAAGGACGGCCCCAAGCCAACCACCCCUUCGUCCAGUAGUGGCAUCGCCUCAGAGUUCAGCAGUGAGACGUCCACCUCAGAGGUGAGCAGUGAGGUAGGCUCCACUGCUUCUGAUGAGCAUAACACUGUGGGCCUGGACGCUGGCUUGCUUCCCAGGCCAGAGAGGCGCUGCAGCCUCCAUCCGGCAGCCCCCUCUGGCGUGUUCCAGCGGCAGCCUUCCUGUGCCACUUUCUCCAGUAAUCAUUCUGACAACGGCCUAGACAGUGAUGAUGACCAGCCCGUCGAAGGGGUCAUAACAAAUGGCAGCAAGCUGGAAGUGGAAGUGGAUAUUCACUGCUGCAGAGGGAGAGACCUUGAGAACGCCCCUACUCUCCGAGACAACUCUCCCACUCCCUGUCCCGAGGAACCUGCUAGAAGCUUGUGUUUUGGAAUCCGCAGACAGAACAGUGUGAACAGUGGAAUCCUCCUCCCAAUGAGCAAGGACAAGAUGGAGUUACAAAAGUCCCCCUCCACUUCCUGUCUCUAUGGAAAGAAACUCUCCAAUGGUUCCAUUGUGCCCCUAGAAGACAGCCUGAACCUCAUUGAGGUUGCCACAGAAGUACCCAAGAGGAAAACUGGCUAUUUUGCUGCUCCGACUCAGCUGGAGCCAGAAGAUCAACUUGUUGUACCUCGUGACCUGGAGGAAGAAGUGAAGGAGCAGAUGAAACAACAUCAGGAGGGCAGACCCGAGCCCGAGCCCAGCGAGGAGGAUCGGACUGAGCCCCCAGAGGAGUUUGACACUGCGCUGUGAUGCGAUGCUGCCCCUGGAGUGGGCAGGUGUGGGAGGAGGCUUGCGGGGUUGGGGUAGGGACCCUGCCAGAGGCAUUUGGCCUCUGUGUUGCUAAACCAUAGACAUGUGAGGUAGAACUCAGAGCCAAAGGUGAGUACUGUCAGGGUCUGGCCCCAGACAAGCCAGUUGUCGCCUUCAGUGUUGAGUUUCUGUUUCUGCCUGUGAUGGAAUUCCCAGGGUUGCCAGGCAGAGGGUGAUGUUGCCCUGUGUCAGUCCUGCCACCUGCCAUUAACCCUUUCUCGCCUAAGAAGGAUUUUUGAGGACUCGCCUGUCUGGGCAGGGAAGGGGUAUUUCUGUGGAGGAAGUAACUGAAGAUUGAUUCCCUUUACUGAUUGCUGCUGAUGGAUCUCUGCCCAGAGAAAAUCACCUCAUCUCACAGACUAGCAGGGGUGUGAUGUGACUCGUCACAUGGCUUUUCAUUCUUCUCUACGAGAAUACAGCCUAUCAAAAUGAUGUUUAUUGGAAAUGUAGAACCAAUCAAACAGAUAAUUUAUGUAUGUAGUGUAAUGAGAGCACUUUUCAUUGUGAACUUUUAUUUUUGAAUCUGCAUUCGAGCCAAUCUUUGAGGCAGCCCGGCGCCUCUGUCCAAAGGCAGAGAGAUCCCGGGUGUUAGAGCCUUCUUUGAGGGUACUAGGAAGGGGCUUAGGGAAUUGACUUAACUCUUGGAUGUUAGACUGUGUGUUCACACGUGAGGAACUUGAGGUCGUAGCAACUUUGGGGGAUAAAGAUAGGGAAGGAGUGAGCACAAAGAAUGCUUUCCCCCCAAUCAGGAAAAGACAAAUGUGACACCUGCCAGGAGUCUCCCAGAUCACAGGGAGGCACUUGGGGGUUGACUUCCUCCCCUGACACGCGCAAGAGUUGGCAGAAGGCCCCCUUGCGGACAGGGUGGAGGCUGACACUGCUGACGUCAAGGUCACCUUGAAUUACAGCAAAUUGACUGAUGCAGACGGAG